AUGUCUAAAGUUUCUGUAGCUUACGCAUUGCAUGUUGUACUCGACAGCGACUCGAGUGGUGUAUCGGCCAACAAUGCCGCAACCGUGGUGAGCCCGGGCUCCUCAGACUGGUCAGUCAAUCUAUCGCCUAUGUCAUGCUGUGGCGUCAACACUCAGCUGAAGUUUCCUACAUCUGACCGUCUAGUGACAUCAAUGGUAUGUCUCUUGGUAGAUACUCAUGGAAAAAAAAUGAAUGGCCACUGACUCGACUUGAUGCACAACUUUUCACGUUUAGGCGGAGACGACUCGGACCACAUGGGUGGCACCGGAGCUCCGUUCACGCUCCCCACCGGCAACAGCCAGGACAGCAAGGAUUCAUCAGAAGACUCGAGUGACUCGGAAGACGCACACGGAGAUUCGAACAUGAAUGGUGGCCAUUCCGGCAACGGCAACGGCAACUUGCAAUCUUCGACCUCCUCGGACGGGUCCAUCCGAGAGUCGUCGGCAACGUCGCUCAGUUCGAGCCCUUCGGCCGUGCUACUGGGAUCGUGAGUCGCCAAAGUGACAGUUUGUAUGACUUUGUCUGUGGCUGACUAUCGCACACCGAUCUUGUUCUAGACUGAUCGUGGUGGUCCUGACCUCGAUGUUCUUUGGUGCCGCUCUUUUGGCUUGA